AUGAAAGAAUUUGAUAUGUCUGACCUUGGGUUAAUGCAUUAUUUUCUUGGUAUUGAAGUAUAUCAAUCAGAUUGUGGAAUUUUUAUUUCACAAAAGAAGUAUGUCGGGGAAAUUAUAGACAGAUUUAGGAUGAAGAAUUGCAAUUCUGUGGCCACUCCCACUGAGCUGGGGCUGAAAUUGGAGAAAAAUCCUUCUGGUAAGAAGAUUGAUAGCACUUUAUACAAACAACUCGUGGGAACUUUGAUGUACUUGACAGCCACACAACCUGAUAUUAUGCAUUCCGUUAGUCUUAUUAGCAGGUUCAUGGAACACCCAAAGGAGAUGCAUUUUCUUGCUGCUAAAAGAAUUCUUUGCUACUUACAAGGGACAUCGGAUUAUGGGAUCUUAUACAAGAAAGGAGCAAAGUCUAAUCUCAUUGGAUUCACUGAUAGUGAUUUUGCAGGAGAUACAAAUGAUUGGAAGAGCACUUCGGGGUAUGUGUUCAUGCUAGGAUCAGGGGCUAUUUCUUGGUCAUCUAAAAAACAAUCGAUUGUUACUCUAUCAACCACCAAAGUAGAGUAUGUUACAGCCACUACAUGUGCUACUCAAGCAAUUUGGCUAAGAAACAUUCUUGCGGAUGUUUUUUUUCCACAAAAGGAACCUACUCCAUUUUAA